UAAAGAUGUUGCACAUCGAGCACAUGCACUUUACAGUCUGCGAUCAUGUCAAGUGAUGGCGUGGGACAACAGCAACGUCCUUCUCAUCUCCGAGGACCUCCGCGACUGUCGGUAGUGAUGCCUCGUCCGCCGACGGCACCCGCCAUGCUGUUUGUACACUUUAACGACAUGGCACGACACGAAGAGAUGCUGAAUUCCAUGCUCCAUCAAGCUUUGGCGUCAGUUCUCGAGGCAGAAAACGGCCUCUCCGCUGCCCUUCACGACUUGUUCAUGGCUAGCAUGACCUUGGGACUCGACAACGUCUACGGUCCUGUUCAUCCGACGUCGCCCAAGACCAGCUCGACGUUUCUCAACACGCUCCAAGACCACUGGUGGUCCCAGCUCCCAGCGACCGACACAUGCAAUUCCGACUGCCCCAUCUGCCUUUCCGACUUUACUGCGUCCGAUCUGGUGAUCAAUUUACCCUGCCACCAUACAUUCCAUUCGACGUGCGGCUUGCCGUGGCUGCGCGACCACAACGUGUGCCCGACGUGCCGGUUCCAACUACCCUCGGACGACCAUCAGCAUGCAGCGAAACAAGAUGCAGGGCGGUCGUCGUCGAUAGAAGUGUUGCCCACAGAGCCGGACGAGCGGCGCGCCCCCGAGCCAGUGUCGCAACUUCCUGGGUCGGUGGACGACGCCGACUCGAUGUUGGAAGCAGAAGCCGAUGCGCUGGUCGCCGACGAUGACAUGGGGGACCUCGUGGAGGAAAUCCUGGACGAAAUGAUGGAAGUCGAAGCAACGAGUGUCGUGCAGCAAGUGCAACGGCAGCGCCAACGCAUGCUCGAAGUGGAUCGUAUCUUAGACGAAGCCAUUCGAACAGACACGGUGGAAUAGUGCCGCGUAUGAGGAGUAUAAUAAUGCAAUCCUUGGAAAUGAUAGCUUGACUAACGUUACGUAACGUGCAUUAAGCUGAAGCUGGC